CUCGGUUUCAUAAUUAGACACCACCGAGCAACUGCUCGGACUUCUCUUUCCCCCUCUCGACAAGAAAAUGGCUGACCUCAAUACUCUACUCCACUGGGCCAUCGAAAACACGCCCGCCGCCCAGGGCGUCAGCGGCAGCGGAAGCGGCAGUGGCACCGCCGCCCCCGCUAACCCGGAAGGCAUGCAGCUUACCUUCAAGCCGGCGGCGCCGGGACAGAAGCCGAACGCGAGCACCCUCGCCACGUUUCACCCGGAUGACCCGCAACACGAUGUUGGCCUUGCGCCGCCUGCCGCCGAGGAGCCGAAGAAGGACAACAAGCUCUCGACCGAGAUUCUCGACCUGAUAAUGGGCAAGCCCGACAGCGUUACGAUGAAGGAGAAGAUGGCGAUUGCAAGCAACACGUCCGCCGAUGUUGACGAGCGCGUCAUGGCCCUCGACGACUUUGAGAUGCUCAUCGAGCUCAUCGACAACGCCAACAACAUGGCGGUCCUCAAGCUUUGGGAGCCGCUGCUCGCUCUCAUCAACGACCCCAACGAGGACAUCGCACGCCACGCUCUCUGGGUCGCGGGCACGGCCAUCCAGAACAACCUCAAGGGGCAGGCAGCUUUCUACAUUUUUGGUGGCCUCCCACUCGUGCUCGACGCGCUGUACCCUGCGUCCGGGAGCAAACCCUCUGGCACGCGUGCCAAGGCAGUCUACGCCCUCUCAGCUGCGCUCAAGCACUGGCCCCUCGCUACUGUCGCCCUCAGCGCACAAGACAACCGCGGGUACUCAGUUCUGCGCGCAGGCGUUGCCGACACUGACCUCGUGAUUCGGCGCAAGAUGAACUUCAUGCUCGGCACAAUCGUCAACCAGGCGCGCGAUGCCUUCAAUGGCGAGAUGCCAAAUGAGGUGCGGAACUUGAUCGAGGAGCAGGCCAAGACGAGCGGUGCCAAGCCCGGUAGCGAGGGCGACGAGCUGUUGCUCGCUCUGCAGCGCGAGGGCGUGUUCGAGGCAGCCGUUGAUGCGUUGGCGCGCGACCCACGGAUCGACCCCGAGGACGCUGAGUACGAGGAGAAUGCCAUCCGCGCGCUGGCUCGCGCGGCUGAGUACGGCGCGCUGAGCGACGAGGAGAAGUCACAGCUUCAGAGCGUGUGGGCUGAGUGGACGCCGAUCGGGCGUGCACACCGGGGGAUUGAGGGGGCAGAUGCCGAGGCCAUCGACAAGGCGCUCGCGUAGUGUAUCAUAUUCUCAUACAUAAUCAACGGACUUGCAGACCCAAUUGGCUAUGAAUCUGUACCGACA